AUGCCCAACAGUUGUCACAUUCCCACGGAGGCACUCACUUGUCCUGCUAGUGGGGACCGAGCUGAGAAAAGAUUUGCUGAAAGUAUUCUGUACCAACUGUAUGAUCAUCAACAAGAUGAAGACUCUUCCAAAAUUUCAAUUUUUGCCAGUUUUCUAAUUGCAAGCAAAUUCCCUUGUUCACGUUUGCCAGAGGAGAGUAUGUUAAUACUCAUAGCAUACGGAGAGUUUACAGUGGGCAUCUUAGGAAAUGCAUUCAUUGGAUUGGUAAACUUCAUGGAUUGGAUCAAGAACAGGAAGAUUGCCUCCAUUGAUUUAAUCCUCACGAGUCUGGCCAUAUCCAGGAUUUGUCUUUUGUGUGUAAUAGUGGUAGAUUGUUCUAUUUUGGUGGUAUAUCCACAGUUCUAUGAUGAUAAUGAAAAGAUGAGGAUAGUUGACUUGUUUUGGACCAUAACCAACCAUUUAAGUGUCUCAUUUGCCACUUGCCUCAGUAUUUUCUAUUUCUUUAAGAUAGCCAAUUUCUCCCACCCUCUUUUUCUCUGGAUGAAGUACAGAAUCGACAGGGUGAUUCUCUGGACUCUACUGGCAUGCUUGGUGCUCUCUGUGUUCAUUAGCCUUCCACUCACUGGGAAUCUGAAUGAUAAUUUCAGACCUUGUGUCAAGGGAAGGAGGAAAGCAAACUUCACCCGGAGGUGUGGGAUAAAUAAAGACCUGUACGCUAUGACCAAGGUGUUUAUCAACCUGGUACCGUUGUUCCCCUUUGCUGUGUCCCUGUUCUCAUUUCUCUUGCUGAUCCUCUCCCUGUGGAGACACACCAGAAGGAUGAAGCUGAAUGCAACAGGCCACAGAGAUCCCAGCACAGAAGCCCACGUAAGAGCCAUGAAGUCAGUGAUCUCCUUCCUUUUCCUCUUUGUUGUUUAUUGUUUAGCCUUUCUCAUAGCCACCUCCAGCUACUUUAUGCCAGAGACUGAAUCAGCUGUCAUUUUUGGUGAGUUGAUAGCCUUAAUUUACCCUUCAAGUCAUUCUUUUAUCCUAAUACUGGGGAACAAUAAAUUAAGGCAAACCUCUGUGAAGGUGCUGUGGAAAGUAAAGUAUAUUCUAAAAGGAAGAAAAAGUUAA